GUUGUCUCACAGGAAAGCACGCUCCAGGGCUGUUCUGCAAGUGUUGUCCCCGCCGCCGUGUGUGAAGGAGAUCCGCCAAUCCAACCCACACGAAUUAUCACCAGCACUCUCAAACCUCUUCUCUCAUCACUUGUUGAUUUUUUGUCUUCGUCGUCAAAACCACUAAAUCAAACAAAAAGAUGGCCCCCGCAAAGAAGGAUUUGGGACCCGAUCCCGACCCAACCCAAUACCUGUUCGUUUCCCUGGAAAUGAAACGUCAGGACCAGACCAAGCCCUACGAUGGUAAAAAGGCUACCUGGGUGCCGUGCGAAAAGGACAGCUACGCCCUCGGUGAAAUCACCGGUACCAAAGGUGACCUGGUCGUCGUCAAGCUGGCCGGUGGAGAAAAGACCUUUAAGAAAGACCAGCUGCAGCAAGUGAACCCCCCCAAAUACGAGAAAGCCGAAGACAUGUCCAACUUGACCUACCUUAACGAUGCCUCUGUGCUUUGGAACUUGAAAGCGCGUUAUGUCAAUCAGCUUAUCUACACCUACUCCGGUCUCUUUUGCGUGGCCAUCAACCCUUACAAGCGCUUCCCCAUCUACACCAACCGUGUCAUCAAGAUGUACAUUGGCAAGCGUCGUAAUGAAGUCCCGCCCCACAUUUUCUGCAUCUCCGACGGUGCCUACAUGGACAUGUUGACCAAUCACGAAAACCAGUCCAUGUUGAUUACUGGCGAGUCUGGUGCCGGAAAAACUGAAAACACCAAGAAAGUCAUUGCCUACUUUGCCAAUGUCGGUGCCUCGACCAAGAAGCCCAAGGAGGGUGAAGUCAAGAAGUUUAUGAAAGUGGGUAACUUGGAAGAUCAAGUCGUCCAGACUAACCCUGUCCUUGAAGCCUUUGGUAACGCCAAGACCACCCGUAACGACAACUCUUCCCGUUUCGGUAAAUUCAUUCGUAUUCACUUCGGUAACUCCGGCAAAUUGGCUGGUGCCGACAUUGAAACCUACCUGCUCGAGAAAGCCCGUGUCAUCUCCCAACAGGCUUUGGAGCGUUCUUACCACAUUUUCUACCAGAUCAUGUCCGGAAGAUUGCCCACCCUCAAGGCCGAUUGUUGCUUGGUGGACGACAUCUACACGUACAACUUUGUCAGCCAAGGCAAAAUCACCAUCCCCAGUAUGGAUGAUAGCGAGGAAAUGGCAAACACUGACGACGCUUUCGAGAUCUUGGGUAUGGGUGAACAAAGACAAGAUAUUUGGAGGAUCACGGCCGCCGUCAUGCACUUUGGAACGAUGAAGUUCAAGCAAAGGGGUCGCGAAGAACAGGCCGAACCUGACGGCACUGUGGAAGGUGAGAAGGUCGCCAAGAUGAUGGGUGUUGAUGGCCCCGCUCUGUACAUGAACUUGUUGAAACCCAAGAUCAAGGUCGGUAACGAGUUCGUCACCCAGGGUCGUAACGUCAACCAGGUCGUAUACUCGGUCGGUGCCAUGGCUAAGGCCAUUUUCGAUCGUCUGUUCAAGUGGCUGGUCAAGCGUGUCAACGAGACUUUGGAAACUGGUCAGAAGCGUGUCCAGUUCAUUGGUGUACUCGAUAUUGCUGGUUUCGAGAUCUUCGACUUCAACGGAUUCGAGCAACUUUGCAUCAACUUCACCAACGAGAAGUUGCAGCAAUUUUUCAACCAUCACAUGUUCGUUCUUGAGCAAGAAGAGUACAAGAAGGAAGGUAUCGACUGGGUCUUCAUGGAUUUCGGUAUGGAUCUCCAGGCCUGCAUUGAGCUGAUGGAGAAGCCCAUGGGUGUCUUGUCCAUCUUGGAGGAAGAGUCUAUGUUCCCCAAAGCCACCGAUAAGACCUUCGCCGACAAGUUGAACAACAACCACUUGGGCAAAUCUGCUUGCUUCGUCAAGCCCAAGCCCCCCAAGCCCGGUUGCCAGGAGGCUCACUUCGCCAUUGGCCACUACGCCGGAACUGUCCCCUACAACAUUACCGGCUGGCUCGAGAAGAACAAGGAUCCCUUGAACGACACUGUCGUCGACCAGUUCAAGAAGGGUUCCAACAAACUGGUGCAGGAGAUCUUCGCUGAUCACCCCGGUCAAUCCGGCGGCAAAGAGGAAGCCAAAGGUGGCAAGCGUGGCAAAGGUGGUGGCUUCGCUACUGUGUCGUCUGCUUACAGGGAACAGCUCAACGGUCUGAUGAAGACUUUGCACUCGACUCAACCCCAUUUCAUCCGUUGUAUCAUCCCCAACGAGUUCAAGCAGCCUGGUGUCAUCGAUUCUCACUUGGUUAUGCACCAGCUGACUUGUAACGGUGUACUUGAAGGUAUCCGUAUUUGCCGUAAAGGUUUCCCCAACCGAAUGGUCUACCCUGACUUCAAGCAUCGGUAUAACAUCUUGAACCCCAACAUAACCAAGGAGAAAGAUGGAAGCGCCAUGGACGAAAAGAAAGCCUCGUCGAAUCUGUUGGACUGCUCCAAGCUCGAUGAGAGCUUGUUCAGAUUGGGUCACACCAAGGUCUUCUUCAAGGCUGGUGUCUUGGGUCAACUCGAAGAGAUGCGAGAUGACAAAUUGGCCAAGAUCAUCACCUGGUUGCAAUCCGUUAUCCGUGGUUACCACACCCGCAAACAGUACAAGCAAUUGCAAGACCAACGUGUUGCCUUGUGCGUUGUCCAGCGCAACUUGCGCAAAUACUUGCAAAUGCGCACCUGGGCCUGGUACCGUCUGUGGCAGAAGGUCAAGCCUCUGCUCAACGUCACCCGUGUCGAGGAUGAGAUCAAGGCCCUUGAAGACAAGGCCGCCUUGGCUCAAGCCAACUUCGAGAAGGAAGAGAAACUCCGCAAGGAGCUCGAGGCUGCUUUGGCCAAGUUGAACACCGAGAAGAACGACCUCCUCAACCGCCUGCAAGCCGAAUCCGGCACCGUUGCCGACUUCCACGACAAGCAGAACAAGCUCAUGUCGCAAAAGGCCGACCUGGAAGCCCAGCUUUCGGACACCCAAGAGCGCCUGCAACAGGAGGAAGAUGCCCGCAACCAGCUCUUCCAGAACAAGAAGAAACUCGAGCAGGAAGCCUCCGGCUUGAAGAAGGACAUUGAAGACCUGGAAUUGGCCCUCCAAAAGACCGAGCAAGACAAGGCCACCAAGGACCACCAGAUCCGCAACUUGAACGAUGAGAUCGCCCACCAGGAUGAGCUCAUCAACAAGCUCAACAAGGAGAAGAAACACAUGCAGGAGGUCAACCAGAAGACCGCCGAAGAUCUCCAGGCCUCCGAAGACAAAGUCAACCACCUGAACAAGGUUAAGGCUAAGCUGGAGCAGACCCUUGAUGAGUUGGAGGACUCUUUGGAGCGCGAGAAGAAACUCCGCGCCGACAUUGAGAAGAACAAGCGCAAGACUGAGGGUGACUUGAAGCUGACCCAGGAGGCUGUUGCCGAUCUGGAACGCAACAAGAAGGAACUGGAACAGACCAUCCAGCGCAAGGACAAGGAAAUCGCCUCUUUGAACGCCAAGUUGGAAGAUGAGCAGUCCUUGGUUGCCAAGCUCCAGAAACAGAUCAAGGAGCUCCAGUCCCGCAUUGAGGAGCUCGAGGAGGAAGUCGAGGCUGAGCGCCAGGCUCGCGCCAAGGCCGAGAAGCAGCGCGCCGAUUUGGCCCGCGAACUCGAGGAAUUGGGUGAGCGUUUGGAGGAAGCCGGUGGUGCCACUGCUGCUCAGAUCGAGUUGAACAAGAAACGCGAGGCCGAGUUGAGCAAACUCCGCCGCGACUUGGAAGAGUCCAACAUCCAGCACGAAUCGGUCUUGGCUAACUUGCGCAAGAAGCACAACGAUGCCGUCGCCGAGAUGAGCGAACAAAUCGACCAGCUCAACAAGAUGAAGGCCAAGGCUGAGAAGGAUCGUUCGACCAUGAAAAACCAGGUCGACGAUAUGAAGGCCGCUACUGACCACAUGACCGCCGAGAAGGCCGCCGCCGAGAAGUUGACCAAGGUUCUCCAGCAACAGCUCAACGAAAACCAGAGCAAGUUGGACGAAGCCAACCGAUCAUUGAACGACUUUGACGCCGCCAAGAAGAAGUUGAGCAUUGAAAACGGCGACUACCUCCGCCAGUUGGAAGAUGCUGAAUCUCAGGUGUCUCAGCUGCAGAAGCUGAAGAUCUCUCUGACCACCCAGUUGGAGGACACCAAGAGGAUGGCCGAUGAGGAGGGCCGAGAGCGCGCUACCCUUUUGGGCAAGUUCCGCAACCUCGAACACGACAUCGACGGCCUGCGCGAGCAGUUGGAAGAAGAGUCGGAGGGCAAGGCCGACCUUCAGCGCCAACUCUCCAAAUCCCACGCCGAAGCCCAGAUGUGGCGCACGAAAUACGAAAGCGAGGGUGUUGCCAAAGCCGAAGAACUCGAAGAUGCCAAGAGGAAGUUGCAGGCCCGCUUAGGCGAGGCUGAGGAAGCCAUCGAAUCGCUGAACCAGAAGAACGUCGCCUUGGAGAAGAUCAAGCAGCGUCUGUCCGGCGAACUGGAGGACAUGCAGGUUGAGGUCGAACGCGCUCACCUGUUGGCCAACCAGAUGGAGAAACGCGGCAAGAACUUCGACAAGGUCGUUUCCGAAUGGAAGGCUAAGGUUGACGACCUGGCCGCCGAGCUGGACGCUUCCCAGAAGGAGUGCCGCAACUACUCGACCGAACUCUUCCGCCUCAAGGCCGGCUACGAUGAGAGCCAGGAACACUUGGAGGCAGUCCGCCGCGAGAACAAGAACUUGGCUGAUGAGAUCAAGGAUCUGAUGGACCAGAUCGGCGAAGGUGGCCGAAACGUCCACGAGAUCGACAAACAGCGCAAGCGCUUGGAAGUCGAGAAGGAAGAGCUCCAGGCCGCCCUCGAGGAAGCCGAAUCCGCGCUCGAGCAGGAAGAAAACAAGGUGCUUCGUGCUCAGCUGGAACUUUCUCAGGUGCGCCAGGAGAUCGACCGCCGCAUCCAGGAGAAGGAAGAGGAAUUCGAAAACACCCGCAAGAACCACCAACGCGCCAUCGACUCGAUGCAAGCCAGUCUCGAAGCCGAGGCCAAGGGUAAGGCCGAGGCACUGCGCAUGAAGAAGAAGCUCGAAUCCGACAUCAACGAGCUGGAGAUCGCUUUGGACCACUCCAACAAGGCCAACGCCGAAGCCCAGAAGAGCAUCAAGCGCUACCAGCAGAACAUCAAGGAGACCCAGUCGGCUUUGGAGGAGGAGCAGAGGAACCGCGACGACCUCCGCGAGCAGUACGGCAUUUCCGAGCGCCGUGCCAACGCUCUCCAGGGCGAGCUGGAGGAAUCCAGGACGCUUUUGGAACAGGCCGACCGUGCCAGACGCCAAGCCGAGACCGAGCUGGCUGACGCUCACGAGCAGUUGCACGACUUGUCUGCCCAGGCAGCUUCCAGCAGCACUCUGAAGAGGAAGAUGGAGACCGAGUUGCAGACUCUGCACGCCGACUUGGACGACAUGAUCAACGAGACCAAGAACAGCGAGGAGAAGGCCAAGAAGGCCAUGGUCGAUGCCGCCCGUCUUGCCGACGAGCUGAGGGCCGAACAGGAUCACGCCCAGGCACAGGAGAAGCAGCGCAAGGCCCUCGAGGUCCAGGUGAAGGAACUGCAAGUCCGAUUGGACGAGUCGGAGAACAACGCCGCCAAGGGAGGCAAGAAGGCCAUCCAGAAACUGGAAGAGAGGGUGCGCGGAUUGGAGCAGGAGUUGGACGGCGAACAGCGCCGCCACGCCGAUGCCCAGAAGAACUUGCGCAAGUCGGAGCGCCGCAUCAAGGAGCUCACCUUCCAGUCGGAGGAGGACCGCAAGAACCACGAGAGGAUGCAAGAUCUGGUUGACAAACUGCAGCAGAAGAUCAAGACAUACAAACGACAGAUCGAGGAGGCCGAGGAGAUUGCCGCCCUCAAUCUGGCCAAAUUCCGCAAAGCUCAACAGGAGCUAGAGGAGGCCGAUGAACGCGCCGAAUUGGCCGAUCAGGCCGUCUCCAAGCUGCGCGCAAAGGGCCGUGGCGGAUCCGCAUCCCGACUCUCACCACCCCCCCAGAUGAAGCCCCGCCCCAAGAGGGACUUUGAAUAAGGUCCAUCUCCACCAACCACCUCCACCCAACAUG